AUGUCUAAUUCGGAAGAUAAAUCAUCGAAUGGCGUGGGAUCUGAUCCAUUAAAGAGACUAGCAUCCUUCAAGGCACCGCGUGAUCUUUCCCUCGGUGGUGUUAAGCCAAAUAAAAAAAUAUUUGUACCGAAUUUAAACGUCGCUAGAAAUAAAAAUAAAGGAUCAUCCUCGGCAAAUGUCCGUGAACAGAAAAAAGAAGAUAAAGGGAGAAAAGAUAAGAGAAAUGAUAGAAAUAGAAAUUUCAAAAAUGGUCCAAAUAUUAUAAAAUCAAGUGGUGUUUUUUCAGAAGGAUUGGGUAGUGCAGAAAGACAUUAUAACCGAGGACCAUCUUAUGGUCGGGAAACAGAUGCAAAACCUACUCUUCAGAAACCAACAAUUAGGGUUAAGGACGUAAUAAAGAUUGAUAAAGAGCUAGAGGAACAGAAGAUAAAGAACGUUGUUGGUGACAGCGGCGAUGGAGAAGAGGAAAGCGAGGACUUCAAGCAUGUCUUUGAAACUGAUGCACCAGUUAAAUUGCCAAUGGAUGAUGGAGCCUGGCUGAACAGUCAUUCCACGGGAACUGUGAAGAUCAAGCAAGAAGUAGUUGUGAAAAGAGAACCCACUGAAGACGGAGACUGCCCAAUGCCAGAUGUGGAAGAGAAACCGAUGCCUAGCGAUUUCGAAGAUACGAACGUCGUAAAUCUGCUGAAAAGCGACAAGCCCACACUCAUAUUGUUACAGUUGCCGGACUCGCUGCCGGGGCGCGGCGGUCGGGCCGCGCAGGACGCGCCGCGGAAGCAAACGCCGCCCUCCUCGCACUCCGCGCCCGAACAAGACCCUGAGCCGGUGGACACAAAGUGUCGGCUCGCAGACCUGGAGGAGGGUCGGAUCGGCAAGUUGCAGGUUCGGCGAUCGGGACGAGUCACUCUCACGCUAGGAGAUACAGUGUUUGAGGUAUGUCCGGGCACAAAAGCUGCGUUUCACCAGGAGGCUGUGUCUGUAGCCGUGGAGCACAGCUCCCGCUCUGCAAACUUGGUCUCGCUUGGACCACUACAGCACAAACUGAACAUAGUUCCCGACUGGCAGGCGUUGUUCACUGACAUGGCCGUCUAG